UCAUCCGCAUCUGUAUCUGUGCUUGCUUUUGCACUCCACACAGAAACGUCGAUUCCAAGCCUUUGGCUGAAUGGCACAUGAAUAAGGUUGAAGCGCCAAUGAAGCCACAAGCACCCCGAGAAGAAGAAGAAGCAGAAGAAGCAGAAGAGUAGUUCCGGCGAUCUGGAAAUUCAAGGAAGAAGCAAGCUUGAGAUGGAGAGGCAAAGCAGUUGGGUGAGGAAGACCACUGGAGCGAUGACGAUCACCUGUUUGAUGCUUCUUCCUCUGUUGCUCCUUGUUACUCAAUCCGCCUUCAACACAUAUUUAGAUCGCCUCCUUCCUCAUGUAAUCAGAGAAAGAAUAUGUUGGAAGGAUGGAUCUUUGACGCCAAGAGAUGACGACGACGACGACAAGCUUCUCGGCGGCCUCCUCUCCGGCGAUUUCGACGAAUCUUCCUGCCUCAGCCGCUACCACGCCGUCUCCUACUGGAAGAACCCCAGCCGCCCUCCGUCACCGCACCUGGCGGCUAAGCUCCGGCGCUACGAAGCUCUGCACAAACGUUGCGGCCCCGGUACCGAGCUCUUCGAGAAGGCCAUUCACCACUUGAACUCCUCCAACCACACCGCCGGCAAACCCACCACGGACUGCAAUUACGUCGUCUGGGUCCCUUCCGACGGCUUAGGCAACCGCAUCAUCGCCCUCGUCUCCACCUUCCUCUACGCCCUACUCACCGACAAGGUCCUCCUCCUCCAUCUCACCGACGACUUCCACGACCUCCUCUGCGAGCCCUUCCCCGGCACCUCGUGGUCUCUACCGCAAGACUUCCCCGUCGGCGACCUCCUAAACAUCUACGCCAACCCUCCUUGGACACUCAGCAAUCCUCAAAACGCUCCCUAUCUCUACCUCCACUUGACGCAUGACCAGAGAUUCUCUGCCCACGGCUUCUUCUGCGAGGACUCUCAGCUACUGCUCCGAAGCUUCCAGUGGCUGCUGCUGAGAUCGAACCAGUACUUCGUCCCUGCUCUGUUUCGGAGCUCUGUUUACGAGAAGGAGCUUGAACUGAUGUUUUCAGAAGCCGAUGUGUUCUACCAUUUGGGGAGGUAUCUUCUCCACCCGACCAACUCCGUUUGGGGCUACAUCACAAGGUACUACCAUGCUUAUCUAGCAGAUGCAGAGCGGAUCGUAGGCUUACAAAUCAGAGUUUUUCCAUCAGCUCCCAUCUCUUCCGACCAAAUGCUGGCGCAACUCCUCAACUGUUCGUGGCAAGAAGGGCUACUUCCAGAGGUUAUGAUAGAGGAGGCCAUGAAUUCUAGUAGAUGGAGAAGAAAUAAGCCAAAAAAAGUGCUUUUGACGACGUUGUACUCCGGAUACUACGAGAGACUGAAGAGCAUGUACAACGAGCACCCGACCGUCGACGGCGAGGUGAUCGCCGUUCAUCAACCGAGCCACGAGGAGAAGCAGCAUACGGAGGAGCGGAACCACAACAAGAAGGCUUUGAUGGAGAUGUAUCUGCUGAGUUUUUGCGAUGUGCUGGUCACGAGCGGGUAUUCCACGUUUGGGUACGUGCCGCAGGGGCUCUCCGGACUGAGGCCGUGGAUUCUGAUGAGGCCUGACGGUGGCGGGGAGAGUGUGAACUGCCGGCGAGCUGUGUCGACGGAGCCGUGUUUUCACGCUCCGAUGGGUUACCAGUGCAUCGGAGAGAAGAAGAGGAAGGAUGGCGAGGAGGAGGCCAUGAGGCUUGUCGGAAAGUGUGAGGACGUCGCCGGAGGUCUUAAGCUUGUGAGUUAGUUUGUUGGAUUCUUGAUACAUAAAUUGUG